GCCUAUGCAGAAACUGCAGAAACUUAGCGGCCAAUGACCUCGCUCCGGUCAAGGCCAGCGUGCCCCAGGCGAGUCGCUGCAAAGAGAAUACCAAUGUCUUGGGCGAUGCUGGUGUAAAGUUCUGGUGUGUGUCCAGAGCCCAGCUGAGAGAAGGGGGCUUAGACCCCCCGCCCAGGCUGGGCUGGGAUUUAGGAGAGAAAAAUCUGAAACCUCUCCUCUUCCCUAGACGCUUGCUUCGUGUGGAGAAAGGCUGUGCUAUAUAAUUUGGAGUGGUUGCAGGGAAACACACCCAGCUCUUUGUGCGUGAGCCAGGAUGCAAUAAUGAGAGAUUGCUCUUGGUACCUGAAAACCCUGUAAACUUUGGGGGUUUGGGGAGAGAAGAAUUUUCCGUGGAGCGUGAUGCCUGUAGCACCCAAGCUGGUCUUUGCCCACGUUUCUCCUUGAGAGGAAGGAAGGUUGGGGCUUUCCUAGGGUCAUUGUGUGGGGUGUGGGGUCAUGGUUGGGGAGCAGAUUCUCUGAAAGGUGGACAGGCAGAGUGCUGUUUGGCAUGUCUGGAAGCCUGCCCUUCUGGGAGUAGAGCCCUAGCCUCUUGCUGUAUUCAGUCUCAUGGAAAGGGUUUCUCUCUGAAUUCUACCUCCCCGGUACGGUCGCUGUGUGACUUUGGACUUCACAUCGUUGUCUUUGGCCUUUCUGAGCCUUGUGUCUCCAUCCCUAACAUAAGCCCAACAAAACCUGAAGGGCAAGGCAGUUGUGAAAUUAAAUGAGAUAGCAAAGAUGAAAUGCCUAUUCUAGGGCCUGGCAUACUGUUUAAGAAGUGUUUCCCCCCCACCCCCGCCCCAGAAUCCCUGCAGAAUAUACUGUCCUAGGGCUAUCAAUUUCCCCGCAGACCCCAGUGUGGUCCAACCAGUCUCAAAUUGACAGGGCCCCCAAGGAACAGCUGGUGGCAGGGUUUCGUUUCCUGAGAUGAAGGACUCCCCUCACUUGUCCCUGGAGUCCUCGAUGGGUCAAAAUAGCCAUCACCUCUGCACUUGCAGACUCAUUUGACCUGAGUUACAAUUCUGUCGUCUAGACUUCCUGGGUUGAUGUGUUCCAUCAAUUUGUUCUCCUUGGUGUCAAGUAGGAUUUCUUUUAUUUGGAUCUGCCCUCUCCUGGACUUAAAAGGAGUUUCCCUGGUUCCAGGUUAUUGUCAAGUAUGAAGUAAAGAGCACUGGACCAGGAGUCAGGAGUCCUACCUGUGGCUUCAGAUGCCUCCUUAGCCCGGUCUCUUGGCUAUCUUAUAAGCAUGACAAACACACGGGCCAGAGCUGUCCGUAAUCUUCCUCUCUAAACCUCUUCUAGGGCUCUGAUCUCGGGCAAGAGCACAAUGUCCCACUACUCUUUAAGGCAGAAGCGUUGGUGUCUCUGCCUGUCUCUCUCAUCCCAAUCUGCUCCAUCUCCAGGCCCAGAUAACUUUAUCCUCUCAAAUGAACCCAUCCACUUCUCUCCAUUUCCCUCUUCCCCAACGUGGUAGUCAGGCCAUCACCGUCUCUCCCCAGGACAACAGCAGGAGCCUGCUGAUGUACACCUGCAACCUCCCCUUCUUGGCAGUCAGAGUGAUCUGUUCCAAAUCGGAUCAUGUCAGGGAUCCCAUUUCCUGCUUGAAACACCUAGAAGUCUUUCCAGUGUGUGGAAGAUAAAGAACCAAAUUAGUGCAGUGAUCUAAAAGCUUCUGAGUGAUCUGGCCCCUGCCCUUGACCUCAUCCUCUACCGUCUCCUAGGUCUCUCUGAACACCAUACUGAUCUGUCCUACACAGCCUGGACUUUCCUCCUCAAAUCCUGAAGCUGUUGUCAUCUAAUGAAUGAAUUAAGGAAGUGAGCUUCUUGUAGGAGCAGCUGACUGGGACCCAGCCGGGGCGGACUCAGCACCAUCGUGGCCUAAGGACAGAAUGACCGAGAACAUGAAGGAGUGCUUGGCCCAGACCAAGGCAGCUGUGGGGGAUAUGGUGACGGUAGUGAAGACAGAGGUCUGCUCACCACUCCGUGACCAGGAGUAUGGCCAGCCCUGCUCUAGGAGACCAGACUCCUCUGCCAUGGAAGUUGAGCCCAGGAAACUGAAGGGGAAGCGUGACCUCAUCAUGCCCAAAAGCUUUCAGCAAGUGGACUUCUGGUUCUGCGAGUCCUGCCAGGAGUACUUCGUGGAUGAAUGCCCGAACCAUGGCCCCCCAGUGUUUGUGUCUGACACGCCAGUGCCCGUGGGCAUCCCAGACAGGGCGGCACUCACCAUCCCACAGGGCAUGGAGGUGGUCAAGGACACCAGUGGAGAGAGUGACGUGCGAUGUGUAAAUGAGGUCAUCCCCAAGGGCCACAUCUUCGGCCCCUAUGAGGGGCAGAUCUCCACCCAGGACAAAUCGGCUGGCUUCUUCUCCUGGCUGAUUGUGGACAAGAACAACCGCUAUAAGUCCAUAGAUGGCUCAGACGAAACCAAAGCCAACUGGAUGAGGUACGUGGUCAUAUCCCGGGAGGAGAGGGAGCAGAACCUGCUGGCUUUCCAGCACAGCGAAUGCAUCUACUUCCGGGCGUGCAGGGACAUCCGGCCUGGGGAGUGGCUGCGGGUCUGGUACAGCGAGGACUACAUGAAGCGCCUGCACAGCAUGUCCCAGGAAACCAUCCACCGCAACCUUGCCAAAGGAGAGAAGAGGUUGCAGAGGGAGAAGUCUGAGCAGGUUCUGGAUAACCCAGAAGACCUGAGGGGUCCCAUCCAUCUCCCUGUGCUGAGACAGGGCAAAAGUCCCUACAAGCGUGGCUUUGAUGAGGGGGACGUACAACCCCAAGCCAAGAAGAAGAAAAUUGACCUGAUUUUCAAGGAUGUUCUGGAGGCCUCACUGGAAUCUGCAAAGGUGGAAGCCCACCAGUUGGCCCUGAGCACCUCACUGGUCAUCAGGAAAGUCCCCAAGUACCAGGAUGAUGCCUACAGUCGGCGUGCAACGACCAUAACCCAUGGUGUGCAGAAUGUAGGCCGGACCCAGGGGGAGGGGGACUGGAAGGUCCCCCAGGGGGUCUCCAAAGAGCCAGGCCCACUGGAAGAUGAAGAAGAGGAGCCUUCAUCAUUCAAGGCCGACAGUCCCGCCGAGGCCUCCCUUGCAUCUGACCCUCAUGAACUUCCCACCACCUCUUUUUGCCCUAACUGUAUUCGCCUAAAGAAGAAGGUCCGGGAGCUCCAGGCAGAAUUAGACAUGCUUAAGUCUGGGAAACUUCCUGAGCCCCCUGUAUUGCCACCACAGGUACUGGAGCUCCCAGAGUUCUCGGACCCUGCAGCCUCAGAGAGCAUGGUCUCUGGCCCUGCCAUCAUGGAGGACGAUGACCAGGAAGUUGAUUCAGCAGAUGAAUCUGUCUCCAACGAUAUGAUGACUGCAACGGAUGAGCCCUCCAAGAUGUCGUCUGCCACCGGGCGCCGAAUCCGGCGCUUUAAGCAGGAAUGGCUGAAGAAGUUCUGGUUCCUGCGGUACUCCCCGACCCUCAAUGAGAUGUGGUGCCACGUCUGCCGCCAGUACACGGUGCAGUCCUCACGCACCUCGGCCUUCAUCAUCGGCUCCAAGCAGUUUAAGAUUCACACCAUCAAACUGCACAGCCAGAGCAACCUGCACAAGAAGUGCCUGCAGCUGUACAAGCUCCGCAUGCACCCGGAGAAGACGGAGGAGAUGUGUCGUAACAUGACCCUGCUCUUCAACACCGCCUACCACCUGGCCCUGGAGGGCAGGCCCUACCUGGACUUCCGGCCCCUGGCGGAGCUGCUGAGGAAGUGUGAGCUCAAGGUGGUGGACCAGUACAUGAACGAGGGAGACUGCCAGAUCCUCAUCCAUCACAUCGCCCGGGCCCUGCGGGAAGACCUGGUGGAACGCAUCCGCCAGUCGCCUUGCCUCAGCAUCAUCCUGGAUGGACAGAGCGAUGACCUGCUGGCCGACACGGUGGCUGUCUAUGUUCAGUACACCAGCAGCGACGGGCCCCCGGCCACAGAGUUCCUGUCCCUGCAGGAGCUGGGGUUCUCUAGCACAGAAAGCUAUCUCCAGGCACUUGACCGGGCCUUCUCGGCCUUGGGCAUCCGGUUACAGGAUGAAAAGCCAACCGUGGGCUUGGGUGUAGAUGGGGCCAACAUCACAGCCAGCCUCCGGGCCAGCAUGUUCAUGACGAUCCGCAAGACCCUGCCCUGGCUGCUGUGCCUGCCCUUCAUGGUGCACCGGCCCCACCUGGAGAUCCUGGAUGCCAUCAGCGGGAAGGAGCUCCCAUGCCUGGAAGAGCUGGAGAACAACCUGAAGCAGCUGUUGAGCUUCUACCGCUACUCGCCGCGCCUCAUGUGCGAGCUGCGGUCCACGGCGGCCACCCUCUGCGAGGAGACAGAGUUCCUGGGGGACAUCCGGGCGGUGCGGUGGAUCAUUGGCGAGCAGAACGUCCUCAAUGCCCUUAUCAAGGACUACCUGGACGUGGUGGCUCAUCUCAAGGAGGUCAGCAGCCAGACCCAGCGGGCAGAUGCCUCGGCCAUCGCCCUGGCCCUGCUGCAGUUCCUCAUGGACUACCAGUCCAUCAAGCUCAUCUACUUCCUGCUGGACGUGAUCGCUGUGCUCUCACGCCUGGCCUACGUCUUCCAGGGCGAGUACCUGCUGGUGUCCCAGGUGGAUGACAAGAUCGAGGAGGCCAUCCAGGAGAUCAGCCGGCUGGCUGACUCCCCGGGAGAAUACCUGCAGGAGUUUGAGGAGAACUUCCGAGAGAGCUUCAAUGGGAUCGCCAUGAAGAACCUCAGGGUGGCUGAAGCCAAGUUCCAGUCCAUCAGGGAGAAGAUCUGCCAGAAGACCCAGGUCAUCCUGGCUCAGAGGUUCGACUCCCGCAGCCGGAUCUUUGUGAAGGCCUGUCAGGUUUUCGACCUGGCUGCCUGGCCCAGGAGCAGUGAGGAGCUGAUGAGCUAUGGCAAGGAGGAUAUGGUGCAGAUAUUUGAUCACCUGGAGGCCAUCCCGACCUUUUCCAGGGAUAUCUGUAGGGAAGGGCUGGACCCCCGGGGCAGUCUGCUGAUGGAAUGGCGAGAACUCAAGGCAGAUUACUACACCAAAAAUGGCUUCAAAGACCUGAUCAGCCACAUUUGCAAGUACAAACAGAGGUUUCCACUCUUGAACAAGAUCAUCCAGGUUCUUAAAGUCCUCCCCACUUCCACCGCUUGCUGCGAGAAAGGCCGCAACGCCCUCCAGCGAGUUCGCAAAAACCACCGCUCCCGCCUGACCCUGGAGCAACUUAGCGACCUGUUGACAAUCGCUGUAAACGGACCGCCAAUUGCCAAUUUUGAUGCCAAGCGAGCCCUGGACAGCUGGUUUGAGGAGAAGUCGGGGAACAGUUAUGCACUGUCCGCGGAGGUCCUCAGCAGGAUGUCCGUGCUGGAGCAGAAGCCAGCGCUACAGACCGUGGACCACGGGGCGGAGUUUUACCCCGACCUUUAGGGAGUUGGCGCUGCAGAGUUCACGAAGCUAUUGAAUAUUUUUUUAAUCUAUACUCAUAAGCUUUGAUAUAUUAUAUAAAUAUAUAUUAUAUUAUAUUAUAUAUAUAUAUAUAUAAAAACCCACACUGAAAAUUUUUAAAAACCAAGGUGACGCAUCCACCAGAAGCCACUGGGAGCUUUCAGAAAGGAAAAAUAUUGGAAACUGACUCUUGUCUACAAAAUUUGGCAGCUGCAACAUACGUGGCAACUCAUUUUCACUCACAGAAGCACGUGCUGGGGCCACCUGUGUUCCCAACUUACUGUCCACCAACAGCAUAAGCUAAAAUGACAGGUCUCUGUCAUCACCUUUAGGUAGCUCGUUUUGUUUAUGUUUUCAUUUGCGGGUGGCGGGGCUUUGGGUUUGGGUUUAUGUUCUUGCCUUUUCUUUUUUCAUUUGAUUUUAUGAUGGGAGGGAGGUCCUUGGCCUCCUCAUUGACAUUCUGGUCAAAGGUCUCAGACUUAAGCCGGGGUGAGUUGUGUGUCUGGAUUGGGGGGUUUGACCUUUCUCCCUCCCCGUCUAACUUCAGCUUGAGAUCUUUUUUUUUUUCAUUCAUUUCCUGAUGAGGGUUCCUUCACUGUCCUACAAACAAAAGUGUCGGUCAAACUGUGACACCGCCGCACCUCACCUCUGUUGCCUCGUCCAUCCUGGGAUGUGGAUCCCUUCUUUCCAGCCCCCUGGAAACUACGAUAUUACCCAUUAUACUGAAGGCAAGAUUGCCUCACCGCCGAGCUUGAAAUCCUGGGAAAGGGAGAAGGGGUGAGCUUUUAGCAUUCCUGUUUUUACGAGGUAGAGAAUAAACAAUACAAUUCCAUUCUGAUCCAAGGCUUUUGGGGAGAUGAAGAGCCAAGAAGUCCAGGCCCCUAUAAGGGAGUGAUUUUUGGCUAAAAAAAAGAAAGUAAAAUGAAAAGUAUGUAUUCAAUUUACAUG